AAGAAUGUCAUUCGUUUAUUAUUAUUCUGUUCCUCCGCUCUCUAGCUCGUAAGACCUGUUGCCGCUGGUGCUGCUGUCCCGUGGUUCGCGUUCGCGGUCAUCGUGAGCGCCACCACCGUCCUUUGUCUCCUGCACCACUUUCCCUGCCAAGUGCCCCUCGGACGCACAGGCACACAACACCUUCGCGAAAAGCGUGUCCUUCCGCUCCGAGCACAGCAGCCGCCACCAGUGCACCCGUUUCCCUUCGCUCUUAACCAUCACCUUCUACCACCGGGAGUGCUCCAACCUUCAAUGUCGAACAGUCCCACAUCGCCACCGCCACCACCUCCACCACCCACGGCCACCCCGUGCCAACAGUCCAAAACUCCGCUCUCGGAACUGAACGUCGUAGAUGUGAUCAAUAACAACGGGAACCGUAUCGGUAAACCGCACCAUAAUGUGAUUCUUUCGUCGGGCGAAUGCGCCUGGGCGACGCAGUAUCCGGAGAUACAGAAGGCGUGCUUCCUGAACCGCGUCUGCCAGUAUGCGCCACCCCGCGAGCUACGGGUACAGAAUGUGGAGCCGAUACUGCAGAACGGACCAACCUGUGGCCUGACGGCGCUCAGCAUGAUCUUCGAUGGUUCGCCGUCCGCGAAAGCCCUCCUGGAGCAGGCCAUCGCCCGGGGCUACUCAAAUAACGGUGAAAUGUUUAGCGCCCGCCAGCUGAACGCCCUGUUCGAGGUCGUGCUGGAGGAAAAUCGCCAUCUGGUCGAAUACAAACCAGUCACACACACGCUGAUCAACGGCUGGAUGGAUGACCCAAACAUACAAAUCAAGCUGCGCCUGGGAGCGAUGUUCCUAGUGCCUUACGAUCCGGACAAAAACCACACGCCAUGCCUCAACCGGGGUCACCGUGCGCACUGGGCACUCGUCGUAGGCUACCUCAUAGACCAAUUCGAAGACUUUUAUGUAUUUGCACGCCACGGAAAAACGAAAAACCUCGCCCUAUGGUCCCUGCGGGAUCUGGCCAAAAGCAAUGCCAAUCUAGUCGAGUUCUGCCAACCGGUCGGACAUCCAAACGAAACGUUCAUCCUGCCAGAGGGUGGCAUGGCCGGCUGCAAUGGGCUGCUGUGCAAGUUUAUCAUGAUCGAAAACUACAAGGCUAAAAACGAGAUCGUUCUCUGAUCGCACGAGCGCCACCCUUCUACCCACCUACCGCUAUUAACCCUCCGACGAGUCCACGUUUAACUUGUACAGCACGUGCAUACUGUCCUCCUCCCCCCCAGUGCAUAGAUAGAUAUUUAUUUGCAGAUUCCUCCAGAUGGAACUAUUUACUGAGACAAUAUUCAACUUUAUUUUACUUCACAUAGCUUUAUUUUCUUUUUUUUUUCUUGUUUGGCUAUAUAUA